AUGCUUGACAUACAACAUACUCCAUGCAACAGCAACUUCUCGGCCUACGACCUCAACCGCCUCAGCUGCGAGGGUUCCCCUAUAAUGAUGUCCCCUGGAACCAGUCCCCUUUCGCCAAGGCCCAAUGGUCUGAGUCCGACGACCCACCCGCGACUCUCCCAGACGGGCCUCAUCGGUUCCCUCAAGGACCUCAGCGAGUUCGCCGCCUUUAAGUCCAACAGCGGCCUUGUCAAGGCCAUCAUCAUCUCGGGUGACCGCCUCUUCACCGGCCACCAGGACGGCAAGGUCCGCGUCUGGCGAGCACCCACCCACAAGCGCAUCGGCACCAUGCCAAACUUCUUCGACAUCUUCAAGGCCUCCAUUCGGCCCCGCCUCAAGAACCGCAAGGACCUCCUCCCCGUCAAGCAUGCCGAUGCCAUCUCCUGCCUCAGCAUCGAUCACGACAGGCGCUUCCUCGACUCCGCCUCGUGGGACCGCACAUCAAACCGGAGGGGUCGUGUACACGGGCUGCGCGGACGGGAAAGUGAAGGUGUGGCAGAGGGAGGACAAAAAUGGGGGGAGGGCGAGGCACGUGUGCACGCAGACGCUGCUGAGUCAGGAGUGUGCAGUGACGGUGCUGGCGGUGAGUGGGGACGGGUCGGUGGUUUACACUGGGUCUUCGGACGGGCUGGUGAACUUUUGGGAGCGGACAUAUACGUGUGGAUGAGGGAGGGGGCGGUGCACACGUGUCUGUCGGUGCUGACGGGGCACAACUGGUCGGUUAAGUGUCUGGCGGUGGAGAAGGAUACAGAGAUGAAGUGGGUGCUCUACAACGGGAGUCUAGAUAAGUCGGUCAAGGUGUGGAGCAUGUCAGAGACGGCACCAAAUAUCGGGAGGAUGGGGGUGGUGCAGGGGGAUUUCAACUGGGAUUCCAUACCCUCGGCCAUGUACUGA